AUGCCUCAAGUUGAUCUGGAAACCCUAGUCGCGGCCUGCGCCGGCGGAGGAAACGACCGGAAAAUAACCUGUGAAACCCUCGCCGACGACGACCCCACGCAAAACGACGCCGUCGUAGAUCACGGCAAAGCCGCGUCAGACAUCCCUCCGGAGUCGUUCUGGCUAUCGAAAGACGCAGAAUACGACUGGUUCGACCGGAACGCGUUUUACGAGCGAAAGGACUCAACUAGAGCCAACUCCAAUUCAAUUUCAACCCACCACGCUGCUGCCACCUCCUCCAAUCCCCAGCGGAGCUUCAAGUCCAUCAUCGGCCUGCCUAAAACCCAAAAAACCGCCUUCGUCGACUCCAAACGCCGCGCCUGCAAACCGCCCAACAUAAGGCUGUUCCCCAAGCGGUCUGGGUCGUCCGCAGGGAAACCGACCCAUGAACCGGGUUCACCCAAGGUCUCCUGCAUGGGGAGGGUCAGAUCUAAGCGAGGCCGCCGCCAACGAUCCAACUCCCUCAGAAAGACAAAUGAUAAACCGGCUGACAAGAUGAAAACCGGACUCUACUCGAAGGUGAUGAGCCUGUUCCGGUCGAAGAAGAAGGCGUCCAGGUCAGGAAGCCGGAAAUUGAUGGAGAAUAUCCACGAACCGGCGCGGAUAAGCGUGAGAGUGAAUGCACCGGUUUGUAGCGAACCGCCCGGUUUGGGUGGGAUAACCCGGUUUGCAUCGGGGAGGCCGAGGAGUUAA